AGCUUGGCUCAAGCCAUUUGGGCUCAAGCCGCUUCGGAGCGUGAGGUAUCUCUGCUCGGGGAGCCCGCAAGGCGGACUUCGUCUAGCUCCGCGCAGGCGGCCGCCCUCACAGUGUCGGUGUUUCGAAGAUGGACGGGGAUGCGCCCGACGGCCUCCUCGAGGCGCCCGUAGACGGGAUCUUGCAGGGAGUGCCUGUCAAUCUGGUGCAGCCAGCGGCGCAACUAGCGGCGGUAAUAUGCAUAAUUUCGUUGUUGGGGGAUUACAUGUUGAAGCUUCGCGCAGGCUCUGCGUCGUGUGGAUGCCUGAAAACUUUGAAGGAGAUUCUAGGAACGCUCAGACAAGUUAUCCAUUCAGGCUCUGGUCCAAACCAUGAGCUGACAUCGAAGCGAGCGAGGAGCAAGCGCGUGGCUGUAGGCCUUAUCCUCUGCCGAUAUGUUAAGUGGGGCCUGUUGAUCAUCCCUUUUGGCACCAUUGGUGCCAAUGGGAUUUUCUUUUUGCUGCAUUACACAGCUUUCUUCAUAUACGCAACUUUCGUGUCAAUUGCUCCCAGCCGACACACGCAUCGAGUACAGCAUGCAGCAUACUUGUUUUUCAUGGCAUCGUACGGUCUGGGGCUGUCGCCGCUAGUGACUUCUUUUGGUGGGCCUGAGUCCAACCCCGAAUGGUAUAUACGGCGGGCGCUGUAUGCAUCGGGGAUGUUUUCUCUAUACGACAUUAGCUUACUCAUCAACAUCGUCGGAAAUUGUAGUAUGUGGGGCUCCUUAUUUCUGACGGCAGUUGUUCACGGCGGCGAUGGAACGUGCAGCGGUGAAGAUGUUCUGGGAACUAUCGUGGCAUGUUGGCUUGGUAUGAUCGCGUGGACUGUUCUGUGUAACGUAGUUUUCAUUGAGGGGGUGAUUCGCGAGGUGCAGAUUCUGACGGUCCAGAGAGAGCUGAAGGCGGCCGAUUCAAUUCUCCAGGGCACUUGUGAUGCUGUGGUCGUAUUGGACCAGGGGCUUAAGGUCACUCAGGGCGCAGAAUCCGUGGCGAACAUGCUGAUGAUGUCCCCACCGAAGAUCCAGGGCGAGAGCGUUUUGUCCCUGAUCGCCACCGAAGAGGAACGCGAAAGAUUUGAGGAGAUGGUGCGUGGCGCCCGAUCAAGCGCGGUCCCAGGCCCGUGCACGGCCUUCAAUACCUCCCUGAAGGACAGUGCCGCCAUCUCGUGCACCGUCGAGGCGAUGUGCGUGAAGUAUCUGCAGGCCGACGGCGGGGGUGAGUCGUUUCUGCUCGGCUUCCGGGAAGCGGACCUGCCUGCAGUCCCUCGCCUGACGAGUUUCUCAAGCUCCGCCCCGCAGAGCAGACGGCCUCGGCCCCCGCCGCCCCCCGCCGAGCAGCUGGUGGAGCAUCCGCAGGCCAUGCGAUCUGCCCGAAGCACGGACGAUCUGGCUGCCCAGGACGACAGCUCGGAUGGAGCCAGCUCGUCCACGGGGCAGAGCAGCGACAGCGACGACGCAUGUACUCCAACAGGAUGUCGGCCACCUGCCCUGUGGUUUGAUCCCAGUUCGCCUGAGUUUGAGCUGGUGGAGAGCAGCGCCGAGUUCAGGAUGCUUACCGGCUUCACCGAGGAGGAGAUGACAAACUUGGGAGGUGUUCUGACGUGGGUGCGCAAUGAGCAGAGGGAAGCUUUCGCAAUUUGGGUGCGCAACUUCGCCGACGGCACCCAGAAUCAGGAGAGUCAACGUUCCGACGCUCGUGCAGGAGUCAAAUUGUGUAUCGCGAGCGAGAAGCACAAGGCCCAGUUUCAGGCGGAGGUGCACUUGGAGACGUGCUGGUCAAAGGCCAUUCCCAUGACCCUCAAGCUCGUGGUCCAUGGCUUCCGAGCCCGGCAGAAGAAUACUAAUAAGGGUAGGAGCAGGAGGACUCGAGAACGACGUGAUGAUUCUUCUGAUGCCGACGAGGCUACACCGCACGAGGGCAGAAGAAGGGUGCGCAGUGAAGACUUUGAGGUUCGCGACUCAGGGCUACAUGUGCAGUGCGACAUCGGGAAAGGCGAGUCUGAUAAUGACCCGCUCGUGGUCACGAGGAGCAUCAGCCCUGGUCUCCAGCUGCUUCUCGGCACCAGCGAUUCAGGGCAAGAUGUGUGCGACUUGUUCGCCCAGACAGAGGUCGACCGACUCGAAAGUUGGUUGCACGACGAGUAUUUCGCCCAGUCUCAGCGUAACGUCGCCUCCUCCGCCACCAGCCACUGGUUUUCCUUAAAAAUGCCAGCUCUGGAAACAUUAGACGUCCGCAUUGAGGUCAAUUGUAGGCUCGCGUUUCAGCGUGGAGACUUGGGCAUGUGCCUGGUGAUCCAACGAAUGCGAUGGUCGUCCAUCAAGGGGUUGACAAGGGCCAAGGCGCGCAGAAGGCCAAGGACUGUCGGCACGCCGGCAAGGGUGGAUUCGGCGAUGCUCGACACGCUGAGUGGACACGUGAGCCUGUGAUGGACCUUAGUCAUCACACUUCCGUCGGGCACAGCAAUUGCUUAGGCGUGUAGGCGUUGAGGACAACUGUGGUGCGACUGAAUACUUUGGAACUGAGCAGCAAACAACAA